AUGAAGUAUCCCAACACGCUGGACCUCAACACGUACCGGGCGUACAUGUGCGCUCGGCAUCUGAACCGGGACAAGACCCGUUUGCUGGAUGCCAUCAAUCUCGACUGGGACCUAAACGUGCCGGAACCGCUCAAGGUACUCUGUCUGAAAGCGAUAGCCGACAAUUGGAUGACCGUCCCAUAUUUCCGGGAGCUACCACUCUGCGAAGACCGUCAGUAUCUGCUCGAUCUGCUCGAUCUAAACUUUCCGCUGGAGAAUCUAUGCUCCCGAGUGCGUAGUGACGCGUUCUGGAAGCGUGCCUUUCAUCACCGUUGGCGUAGCUUCGUACCGAUCGAGGUUGGCACGAAACCCUGGAUACGGAUCUACCUCGAGCAGCAUCUGUCCGAGAUGGUGGAACAUCUUAAGCCGAACGAUUACGAUCAGGAAGGGAUCAAGAGGAUCGUCGAUCUGUGUUCACCGUUCGUGCGAGAGUUGCGCAUCGAACGGUUGCAACCCUCCCUGUCGGACAACAGUGACCACGUACCGUUGGAUGUGGUGUUGGCCAACUUGCGUCGACUGCAGCGCAUCAGCCUGACGUACGAUGUGAAGGAUGUGGGACACAACUUCUUUCUCGGGUGUGCCACCAUUACCGAGAUGGAUGUGAAGCUAAUGACGCAAGGUCUCGAGCGUUGCUGUGAGCUGACGGAGUUCCGGCUGCACAGCAGCAAACUCGAACCAACCAUGAUGAAGCGCAUCAGUGCCGCACUUGGCAAGGGUUGUCCUAGCUUGCGUACGAUCGCCUUCCCACACUGCCGCUGUGGGGAUAUUGGGCUGCGAGCGUUCUGUGAGCCAAUCCAUCCGAACUCUUUCCCGAACGUGCGAGAAGUUAUACUAACUAACAACUUUUUGUCUCCGGAGAGUGUCCAAGAGCUAACCUGGCGACUACGGCAUCGUCAAAUCGAAAAGCUGGACCUGAGGCUCAAUCCUAUCCUUACCGAGGGUGCCGCAUUCAUCAUGACCAGCGUGUUCUACAUGCCCUUACAAGAACUCAAUCUUAGCUGCUGUUCGAUCGAUGAACAGAUCGAGGAGUGUCUGCUGAUGCUGAUUCGCUUCAAUUGCACAAUCAAGCGGUUCGACAUCUCCUCCAACCGUCUCUCGCCGGCCAUGGGCGAACGGUUGCUGCAGCGUGUCCACGAAAAUAAAACGCUCCAGCAGUUCGAUUUGCGCAACACGGACAUCUCGUACGAUGUGCGGGCCAUCAUCGAUGAGGUAAUAUUGGAGAAUCGCGAUCCGCACAGUUUGCACAUGUGGCAAGCACGAUGA